AAGAUGCAUGAGCAAAGCAUGAUCGUCGCGCAAUAAAUACGCCACUGGCUGAUAUUGAAAAUUAUAAGCAUGGACCUGUACGCCCUUUCCUUUUAUUGUGUCCUGUUUGAAAUCACCGUGGCAUUGUAUUUUUGCCACGCGUAUUGUAUGAACUCAAGUCAUGGACCGCGAGGACCUGGGCUGCUUCUGCUAGAAGAUGCACUGCAGGCACAAGCUGCACCUUUGACCGCGGACGAGCACGAUGAGCAUGAAGACGGUCAGCAUAAUAUCCUCCUUAGAAAUCAUCCCCCCGCGUGGUUGAGGACCCCACAGAUAGUACAAGAUCGGCAUUGAUUUUGCAACUCUGUUAUUUAGACCAAUCCGCAAGUAGCCUUAAAGGUAGUGAGUACGCAUGACCACCCAGGCAGCUUCGUCGUGACAGGCGAGCUUGGGCUCAUAAGGAAGCCACUUGCUCAGCGGCCUAAUUCGUCGAGCAUGGCAGACUCUUUCGGAAACGGAAUACAGCUACAAAAUGCUUCUCAUGUGGGGUGUCACUUGAGAAGCAUCCUGAACCUGAGCAUUGAAAUUUGCACGACGGGUCUGCUGGGGUUGGGACGGUUUUACUCAGGAUAUACGUGAUCUUGAAUCCCCGAAAUAUUGACAACCGGCGCAACGAUAUUGCUCUGGUGCACGACGAUCUGCAACUUCUGUACAAAUUUGCCACUCUCUGCCUGAAUCUGGAAACGCAAGCGGUCAACUUCGCCUAGUUGCGAUUCUUGUUCCCGCAAAUAAUUCGUUAUUUUUUGGAGUCUAACCACUUGUUCUUGUUCUUCCACGUCUGCCGAACAUCUUUUGCUCGCCAGGAAAGAAAAGUUGUGCAGCUGCAUCUUGGUUGUAAAGGACGGUCGAGGAGGAGGACCAGGACAAGAAAGAGGACGGUGAAUCAACUGGCCCAGUGCAACAUACUACUCAAGGACCGCAGGGAAAAGGUCUUGGUGCUGCCCUGAGCUGAAAAAACAGGAACGGAACAACCGCAAGAAUCGGAGAGAAGAAAUAUUAAAAAGUAGUUCUCUCAUCUUCAGCCAUUCCCAUUGCCAUGUCC